AUGUCCACCCUCAAUCAACAGACCUCUGAAAGCUGGCGCCCUUACCGUCCCAACUACGGCCACCCAACCACCGGGCAUGUCCACGAAAUGCAUCCAUAUCCUUACCGUCGCUACUCACAGCAUGAGGAAGCCGGCCUAGUGCCGCAGCUAGGACUGAGGACAGGCAGCAUAGCAAGCAUGAAAAGCAACAACGAUGGCUACAACUCCGCAUCACCACCACCUCCUGCCAUGAACAGCAACAUCAAGAACCCAUCACCACCGCCUUCCGUGGCACCAAACCCCAUGUCGAUCGCUUCGCCGCCGCUACUACCAUCUACACCAGCUCUCUAUCGCCACAGCACCGACAUCACCUCAUCGACAUCGACGCAGAUGCAGCAGCACCAUCGCGGCCCCAGCAACGCCGCGACGCUGGCCUCGUCGGCGCCCACGAUGGUAUACCCAGAUAUGGCGGCCCUGCGCACAAUCCCGGAGCACGAUGUCGACUCGGACUCGGACGCCGCGUCCCGCAGCAGCUCUCGUCGUCGUUGCUGCUGCUGCUGCUGCUGCUACUAUCCUUGCGCGUGCCUCAGCGACCCGCCCAUGUGGCUCAGGCGGCUUUGGGAGUACGUCGUCAUGAACCGCUGUCUGGUGUACGGACUCAUUGCUUUUGUGGUAUGCAGUAUCGUGUUUGGCAUCGUGUUUGGCGUCGUCAUCCCCAAUGUCGCCGCGGCUGGUAGUGGUGGGGAGCUGAGUCUCCUACCAAGUAGUACCGGGACGCUGCCCACGGCGACUGUGACGCCGACAAGCACGACAGAAUCGAGCACGAGCAGUUCUACUUCUGCAACUACUAGCACUGCGACACCAUUGCCUACAAACCUCCCGCAACAAUGCCAGCCCUCCCGCCACACAACCCCGGUGUCGUGGAUGGGCAUCGCCGGCGCAACCGGCGGCUGGUCCUUCUCCUUCUCCUCGGCCGAGACCCCAGCCGAGUGUUGCCUGCACUGCUUCACCCAGGUCGACGGCUGCAACGGCUGGCAGUUCACGCCCGGCUCCGCCACCUCGUGCACCGUCAUCGAGGGCUGGGAGGGCCAGAAGAACGGCGAUUGGGACAAGGAGACGUGCCCGGACGGCAUCGCCGGCGUCCAGUUCAGGAAGCAGGGCCAGGGCGUCAGGGAGGGGAGCGCGGGCGGCGCGGGGCCCUGCGGCAAGGUCGCGGGUUCGUUGUGA